AUGGAGCGGCAGCGCCAUGCCACAGCGAACCGAGGCUCAAUGCCAGCCCGGCGGCACUGGAAAUGUUGGCUUGGCAUUUUCUUUGCUCUUGCUCUGCCUCAGCGGGGCCUCGCCUUUGCCAUGAACGCUUUGGUGCGUGCUAUCCGCGACCGGAAAAGCAGCCCAGAGCAGGUGAGCGCAGCCGCUGCUAAGCUUCGCGAUGAGCAUUUGCUGGAGGACCCAGGUGACUAUCGUUUCGUGCUUAACACGCUGACACGACGAACUGCGUGGAAGGAUGCUGUUAGCAUAUGGGAUGAGAUGCGCUGGAUUGGCAGCGAGCUAGAAGAGCCGGACUUCGUCCUUGCAAUGUCUGCAUUCGCGAAAGGCUCGCACUGGCAGGAGGCCGUCGAGCUCUUCCAGGAACUUCUUGGGAAGCGUCCCCCGCACCUGUCUCUAGGUCGCCGCCGCGAGGACCUGCAGGCGGAUUUGCGUGGGUACACUGCGGCCAUUGCGAGCUGCAAGGCCGCCGGCGCAUGGCAGGUGGCUGUGCAGAUCUUGCAAGACAUGGAAGUUGCUUCUGUUACGCCUGAUGUCGUGACCUACAACACCGUCAUGUCAGCGUGUGAGAAGGGCCGUGACUACGACGCCGCCGAUCGUGUUUUUUCGGAGAUGUGUAAAUGGGACAUACCGCCAGAUAAAGUGACUUACGGCACGCUGAUUGCAGCCUGUGGAUGGGGCCAGCAAUGGCAAACAGCCGUGGCCUACCUGAGACACGCACAGCAGUCGUACUUCGGCUUCGACAUGUUCGCCUGCACUGCUGCGAUCAGUGCGUGCGCGAAGGCCAGUCAGUGGGAGCUCGCCAUCUCGAUCUUGCACGAGAAUAACCGGCAAGUGAAGGGUGCCAGUGUCAGGACUUACAAUGCAGCCCUUAGCUCCUGCGCGGCGGCGGGGAAGCUUGAGCUGGCCUUGAUACUGAUGGAAGAGAUGCAGGAGUCGGGGAUCAUCCCUAACCUGAUGACAUAUCGAUAUGCCAUCCAGUCCUGCGAAGAUUCCGGCUGCUGGGAGCUUGCGCUGGAUCUGAUGGCUGAGAUGCAGAGUUUGGACAUCGAGCCAAAGCAGCUCAUUUUCGGCUCUGUCGCUGCAGCCUGCAGAAGUGCCGGGCUGGAGAAGCUGGCGGCCUCCUACGACUGGAACGUCGGUGAACGCAAUCGUUAA